AUGACUAACUUCAAGGUAUGGGCGAGGUGGCGGCCUCUCAAGUCUGCUGAGUCUCACAAUGGCGAAAUCACACGCACAUCCGACGGGGAUCACACUCGUCAACGGCAUGAGAUCUCGAUCUCGAUCGCCGCCUCCGCCCGAGACAAAGUGCUUUCGAGCCGUGAGCGAUCCUGGAAAAGUGGCCUCUCAUUCGACGGGGUUAUUGAACCUGACGAGAAAAACAACAUUGCAUACAAUCGCUUAGUGGCACCAAUCAUCUCCGAUGUGCUACAAGGGAAGUGCUGCAACUUUUUCGCAUAUGGACAUUCAGGCAGCGGAAAAACUCAUACCAUGAUUGGCUACGACUUCGAAAACAGCGACGAAUUCGGCCUUUGCCUAGCAGCAGCUCAUCGCCUGGCUACUGCGCUCGGUGAAAUCAACGGGGAGAUUACGGUGGCCUCCAAAUUCGGCAUUGGUCUCCGAGUGUACGAAAUGCGCAAGAACAGCGCGUUUGAUCUACUCAACAAUCAAAACGAAUGCUUCGUCCGCGAGGGCGCUGACCGGCGGGUGCACAUCCGAGGCGAAACAGAAAUACUCGAGGAUGGCAAAGUGAGAGUUCGACCAAUCACAACCAGAGCAUGUUGGAGCUUCGAAGAAGUACAAAGACAACUUCGGGAAGCCCUGAAACAACGUGAAACUGCAACAUCGACUAUACACGACCAAAGCUCACGUACGCAUGCGAUUAUCGAAAUGGAAAUCAUCACAUCGGAUCUUCUUCGCGCCCGUGAUAGUGUGGUUGAGCGACAAUCUGAGCUCGUCCCCGUCGGCAAAUACGCCACAGACGUGUAUAUCGAGGAGCAACUCCUUGCAGUAGUUCAGACCGAAGAUGGGAAAUAUGUGCCAAAUCCCGAUUACGAUGUGACCCGGCAGCAACGGGUCCACGACGCGGAGACCAAAAAGGCCGAGUUUGAAACCCGCGUGAAAGAGGCGGAAGAAUACGAAACUGAAGUCUUUGCUUCCAUCGCUCAAUUACACCAAUGUGUUGGCGGAAGGCUUGUCUUCGUGGAUUUGGCCGGUGCCGAAUUCCUUUCUGGUCCAACUACAAGUGGGUCUAUGCUCAAACAGACACCGCAGGAGAAACAACAGGGACGGCAGAUCAACACAGACCUUCUUGCAUUGAAAGAAGUGAUCCGAGCUAGAUCAAAUACUUCUCAAUCGCGCAUUCCAUAUAGGUCCUCGCCAUUGACCAUGGUCCUGCGUCAUCAUUUUGAAGCAUCUGCUGAUUCUCAAUCGUCGAUUAUUGUUACUGUUUCACCAGAAGCAGAUCAAUAUGCCGCCACAAUGAACACACUGAAAUAUGCAGACCUGAUUGGACUAGCAAAUACACGUGGGGGAUGA